AUGCGACGCCGCCUGAAGGAUCCAGGUUCCAAAGACUCACGAGAUAAAAUGAAAGAGAUGAUACGAUGGGUCGUGGACAUGCAUCGUGACGCUGAGAGCGAAUUUGAUCUAUCAUUUACAGUGGACCAGUGGGGUUUCCGGCGCGAUUGGGACGAGGACACGGAUCCAAAUCUGUUGAAAAAGAAUGUGGUCCUCAAGGAAGAUAGACGACUGUCCAGUGACUUCAUUGUUGGGGAGUAUUUAGGAAGUGGUAAAUUUGGUGAGGUCAAGCGAUGCGAGGAGAAGCAGACUGGCGGACAAUUCGCGGCUAAAUUCGUCCCCAUCGCGUCGGAAGAGGAUUGGCAAAGUGUACAGAAUGAGAUCGCCAUCAUGAAUCGGUUACGACACCCCAGAUUAAUACAAUUGUACGACGCAUACUCCAGGAAAUCCGAAGUUAUUCUUGUACUCGAAUUGUAA